GGAGGCCCGUGCUCCGCGGGCCGGCCUCUCUCGUCCUCGUCCGCCCGUCCGAGAUGCAUCCGCGGCGCCCUGAGGGCUUCGACGGCCUGGGCUACCGGGGAGGCGUGCGGGACGAUCCGGCUUUCGGCGGCCCCUUCCAUGCUCGCGCCUUCGGUUCAGGGACGGAACUGGGCCACUGGGUGACAACGCCCCCGGACAUCCCGGGCAGCCGCAACCUACACUGGGGAGAGAAGAGCCCGUCCUACGGCGUGCCGUCCGCGCCCCCGACGCUCGAGGGCCCCGCGGAGGAGCCCUUUCCCGGCGGCGGCGACGGCCCGCGGCCGGGACCGAGCAGCGAACAGUUGAACAGAUUUGCUGGAUUUGGUAUUGGACUUGCAAGUCUCUUUACAGAAAAUGUUCUGGCCCACCCUUGCAUUGUUUUACGCCGCCAAUGUCAGGUCAAUUACCAUGCUCGACAUUACCAUCUCACUCCAUUUUCAAUUAUCAACAUUAUGUAUAGCUUCAACAAAACUCAGGGACCAAGAGCCCUGUGGAAAGGAAUGGGAAGCACAUUUAUUGUUCAGGGAGUCACACUUGGAGCAGAAGGCAUAAUUAGUGAAUUCACACCUUUACCGAGGGAAGUUUCACACAAAUGGAACCCUAAACAAAUAGGUGAACACCUUCUCCUGAAAUGCCUAACAUACAUGGUGGCCAUGCCUUUUUAUUCAGCAAGUCUGAUUGAAACAGUACAGAGUGAGAUAAUUCGAGAUAAUACUGGCAUCCUGGAAUGUGUUAAAGAAGGAAUUGGACGAGUGAUAGGCUUGGGAGUGCCUCACAGCAAACGCCUUCUUCCACUGUUUUCAUUGAUCUUCCCAACAGUGCUGCAUGGAGUUCUUCAUUACAUCAUCAGCUCCAUCAUUCAGAAGAUUGUCCUUCUAAUUCUGAAGAGAAAGACCUAUAAUAGCCACCUAGCUGAGAGUACUAGCCCCAUGCAGAAUAUGUUGGAUGCUUAUUUUCCAGAACUUAUUGCUAACUUUGCUGCCAGCCUUUGCUCUGACGUUAUACUUUACCCAUUGGAAACAGUUCUACAUCGUCUUCAUAUUCAAGGAACACGCACAAUAAUUGACAAUACAGACCUUGGCUAUGAAGUACUUCCAAUUAAUACACAGUAUGAGGGAAUGAGAGACUGUAUAAAUACCAUCAAGCAGGAGGAAGGAGUGUUUGGUUUUUAUAAAGGGUUUGGUGCUGUUAUAAUACAGUAUACACUGCAUGCAACCAUCUUGCAGAUUACCAAAAUUAUUUACUCCACACUUCUUCAGAAUAGCAUUUGAAAUUUAGGUUCUGUGAUUGGCUGAUCCAACAAAUGUGGUCUGGAUAAUUUGCUAUGACAUUUCAAGUAAUAAAAGUAAAAUACUGCAUGGAAAGAAAUAGGCUGGGAAUUAAGAUCGCUGGAAAAGCUCAUGCUGAUUAUUCUGACUUCUUAUUUUUCUUAAGGGACAGAUACAUAUAUAUAUAUAUUACUUGAUCAAACCUUUCCAAAAUUGAAACUUCAAUAAAGGUAAUACAUUAAAUUUAAAAUGUAAAGUUACAUUUUAGUAUAAUACUCAUGCCGAAGUAAAAUUUAUCCUGGGUGGAAACAAAAAUGUAUCAAGUAUAAAAUGAAAUUACAAUGACUUGAAUCUAUUUUACUGACCUUAAUAUUUGUUAUAUAUUUGUUUAACUUGGAUUCAGGUCAGUGUGUUAAUUCUUAAAGCAGUGGAUAGUAUUGGGAUUUUACCUUUAAGCAAGUAGAUUAUGUCAUCAUUGAAAAAAACUAAUAAUUAGAUUUGGCACUGUGUAAGCAGUGGUUGAAGAGUUUUAAAUUGUAUUUAACCAUUUUAAUUGCUGUAUAUAUUUAUUAUAUGGAGCCAUUUGUGUGUGUGUGUGUGUGUAUGUAUGUGUAUACAUGUAACUUGGGAUUUCCUUCAUCCCUGCAAGUUUUCAUAGACCAGCUUCAUGCAUCAAAUGAAGGUAGACACUUUCUGCUUGAACAUCAAGAACAAGACAUCAAAACGCCAGAAAAUAGCUUUCUUGUCUGCAUCACAUCCAGCCUUGCAGUGUCAGAAACUUGAAAUUUGUCAUAUGCUUGUGACCUGUGGAUCAUCAGAUGAUUUUUAGAGCUACUUUUAAAGAUACCUAACAAUCAUGGCAGCCAUUACCGUUUUCACCCUUACCUUAAGGAGCCUCACUUGUCUUUCAUUUCUAAAAGAACUUAUCUUGGAGGGAACAAAAUUAAAGUUCUCCUGAGAAUUUGUGCCUCUUGCUCACCAUAAAUAAUCACUGCAAUCUUUCUUUUUUCUUACCUUUUUUUGUAUGCGUGCGUGUAUGUAAAGUUUUAUUCUCCAAAUAAGCUACCAAGAAGAUAAAAAUGAGACGUUCUUGUUACUUUUUAUUCAAACUUGCUUGGAUAAGUACUGAAUUGAAAUACAAACCUCAUAGGAAAUUUGCCCUUAUGUUUUAUGAAGGAAGAGGAGGAGUCACUAUAUUUCAACAAAGGAAACGUGUUAAUCACUUCAAUAAAGUUGGUGUGUUCCCACGGUGGAUUAGCCUUUGUAAUAAAGUAAUGUAGAGUUCACUGAUCACUCAUGCAGCAUUUAGCAUUUCAUUUCCUCAUGGAUAUGCCCCAGUUUACACGCACUGAAGUGCAGUGCCUCCAGGUGUCGCCCAACCUAGAAUGCAUGCAAACUAACCCUGAUGUUAAUGUUAAACGUUGCAGAGAGUGUUUGUACCAUGACUGGUAAGAGUGGGAGCUUUACACGGUCAUGGAAAAGCAUGAAGUAGUGUGUCAGUAGCAGCUGUCCCUACCAUCUAUGUCUCUGAAGUAAUGCUGUCAACUCUUCAGUUCCUCAAAAGGGAAAAUAAAUGCUGUUGAUCACA